AACAACAACCACUUUUAACUAUCAUUCACUAAUAACCAUCAAUUAUCAGACACUAAUUACAAACAGCUUCUAUCAACUAGCCAAUAAAUUUCCACCACUAACCCAAACAACAAACCACCAUAGACUAUCAACCACACUUUCAGCCACUAACCAAACCGUACCCAUAAAACUUUAACUGGAAUUGUUGGGUUCUCCCGUAGUGGAAGAGCCCUCCAAAAAUUGGCGUAUGCCACUUUCUGCAGCGCGCACACGGUAUUCUUUAGUAAAAGGCGAAAGAAUAGUUCGCUCUGUGCUCACUGCGUGGCUGCGUGAUUUGGAAUGUUCGCCCAAGUGACCUUUUAAAGUAGCUUCUUAGGCAUUGGUUAUCCUUCUGGGUGAUGUGGGAUUAUGCCUUCCUUCUUCCUUCACAUAUAUCCUUUUCCUUUAUCUGAUGGUCCCAAUUUCCUAACUCUUUGUCUUGGCAUUGGUGAUAUCUUCUCAUUUGAUGUGGAACAAUGGAAAGAUCCACUCUUCUACAUGCUUUACAUACCAUUCUGCGGCUGCAAUGCAAGUGCUACCACUCUCCUAUUCUGCUGCUUGCAGUUUUCAGAACGCAUAGAUGGGGCUCAACCACCAUGGGAGAGCCCUCCAAAAAUUGGCGUAUGCCACUUUCUGCAGCGAGCACACGCUCGUGCAGCUUGUGGUCCUCAAGGCAAUCUCCUCUCUUUCGAGGGGAUCAGCAUGUCAAUAGAAGGGAAGGAUGUGGUGAUUGCUGCGGAGACUGGUAGUGAUAGUCCUAAGAUUAAUCUAUCUGAGAAAGCGUCAGGUCCUCCACACAGGCAAGGUCUUGUUCUUAGCCCACAUGUAUUGCUCUGUGAACGUGUGGUUCAAAUGGCUAAUGGUCUCUAUGGUGAGAAUGGUGAGCCACUUGUUAGAGUUGCAGUUAAAGAACCUGAUAUUAUUGUAUCUACUCCAGCUGUUCUGCUGAACAACAUAGACUCGAAAAAGCACCAUUGUAUGAAUUUUAUUUGUGACAUGAAGUAUGUGGUAUUUGAUGAAGCAGAUAUGCUUCUCUGUGGAAGCUUUCAGAAUCAAGUUAUUCGUCUAAUGAACAUGCUUCAUUUUGAUGAAAAGUUGUUGUCUCAAAUGAGUAAAUCUGUAUCUGAGAACCCUAUGGAACCAAGUCCUGAAUCUUUGUCACACUUUGACUUGGGGGAUGAUGAAGACAUCACAAAUGAAUUUGUCUCAGUAAAGGAGGAAGAUUUUGAGGACAAUGUUUACGCUGAGGAGUUGAUAGAGGGAGCUAAGGUUGGGUCUGCCAAGGAAAAAGACUGGAGGAGAGUGAGAAAACCUUAUGCAUGCAGUAAGCAAUACAUUUUCGUCGCAGCCACCCUUCCUCUUAAUGGAAAGAAAACUGCAGGGGCAGUGUUGAAAAAGAUGUUCCCAGAUGCCAUCUGGGUUAGUGGAAACUACCUCCAUUGUCACAACCCUAGAUUGGAGGAGAAGUGGAUUGAAGUUACAGUUGAUACGCAGGUGGAUGCACUAAUAGAUGCUGUGAAGCUAUUUCGAUCUAAAGGAUCAGAUUAUGAGGCUGGCAUUAGUUGGACGAUGGUUUUUGCAAAGACUGUUGAGGCUGUUGAAGCUGCAGACUUUGCCACUUCUGCUGUAGAUUUCUUGCAUAGGGUUGAUUGCACAGCACGAGCUGGUCAAUAUGGACUUGUCCUUUACACUGAAUCCAAUUGGAAUCUUGUGGAUGCCAUCCAUAGAGCAGGAAAACUGGUUCAGCCAGUGGUAAUCCCCUAACCUUGCAUUUUUCUUUUACCUUAUUGACAGUUUGUAUCAUCCUAUUGCAGACCCUGUUUAAAGAAAACAACACCUAUGGUAAUUGGCCUUCAUCCUGACCAGGGACCACCACCCUCCUCCCUUUUCAAAAGAAUUGCACGAGUGCAUCUUACUUGUGCAUGUUGGGUUGUUCCACAUAUUUGUUUUUAGAUUGGUGAUUUACACCUUCAAGUGAUGCCUAAAAAAUAAAAUGUUCUUCAUUGA